AUGGCUUUUGCACAGAUCCCUGUCGGGCUCAGAUCUCUCGAGGUCUUCACCAGACGGACGACUGUGUCGUCCCGAUCCCUCCUACAACGACAUACAGGACCAAAAACAGGGAAACCAAGAAAUAAAUCGGAUAUUUCUACGUCUUCUUCAUCACCACAGUCACCAGAAACUACCCCUUUGUCCGAACCUGCAAAGCCGAAUGCACCGUCACCCACCCCUCACCCCACGACGGGUACACCCAUAGCACCUACGACUCCUACCCCUACGCCUCCUCCUACUACGACUGCGACUGGUACGCCCCCAGCAACAUUGACAUUGACACAAUCCAUAUGGCGGAUCGUAAAGGCCAGUCCCGCUGGGAAAUUGGCGAGUAUGUAUGCGCGCGGACAGAGGGAGAGACCGUACACGAUGCAGGUGGGGAGUUAUAUCCUUGUGUAUUUGUGUGGGGAUUUGAGUGCGCAGUUGCUAUUUCCCGCGGACAGUGGAGAUGAUGAUAAGCAUGAUGAAGAAAAGAAGGAGGAUGAACGUGCACAGGAUGGAAAUGUGUCCACCCAGUCUGCAGAGGUCAAAUACGAUCCGUGGCGAACAUUCAGACAUAUUCUUGUAGGGAUUGGGUCUAGUAUUCCGACGUAUAAAUGGUUCAUGUACCUCCACUACAACUUCAACUACGCCUCCAAGUACCUCUCCCUCCUGACCAAAGUCUUCGUCUCACAAAUGAUCUACACCCCCAUAUUUAACGCGUACUUCUUCGCGGCCCAAUCACUCCUCGCCGGCGCAGGUCUCAUGGAGACCUAUGAGCGACUGAAAGUCGCCUUGCCACAGAGUAUCAGGAACAGUGUCAAGCUAUGGCCGGCCGUUACGGCGUUCAGCUUCACUUUCAUUGCGCCGGAGUACCGGAGUGUGUUUGGCGGGUUGAUCGCGGUGGGGUGGCAAACGUAUCUGAGUUGGUUGAACCAGGAGGCCGCUAAAGAGGUUCUUGACUAUGAUCCUGCUCCUGCUCUUGAUGGACAAGAACAUGGACGUGAACAUGAACGUGUGGGAUUGAUGGGAUCCGCCGUUCCUGUGUCAUUGAAGGCGUAA